AUGCAAACCACGCCACCUACCCGCGCCCACGGCCGCCUCCUGCUCGCCCCCUUCCUCAACGCAAAGAGCUUGCCGUGGCUCCGCCGCAACUCCGUGACGCACAUUGUCAACGCCACUCCCGACGCGCCGUGCCUCUUUGCGCGCGAGUUUCGCUACCUUCGCGUACCUGUGGAGGACCGCGACGGCGCCGACCUCUCGUCGCACUUUGCUCGCUGCCACGCCUACGCAUCGAGCCGCUCGGCGGCGCUGCUCGUCGCAUUCCUGCUCCGCGAGGAGGGGCUGGGUGUCGCCCAGGCGCUCGACUACGUGCGCUCUCUCCGAGCGUCGGCGGCGCCCCGCGUCAGCUUUUUGAGGCAGCUCCGCGAGUACGCGGCCGGGAUCGCCGAGGCAGCGGCGGCGGGCGCGGAGGCUCGCGGUGCGCUCGCCGAGCUCGAUCGCUGGCUGGGCUCCGCGCCUCCGCCGCUCGAGCUCGCGCUCGUUCCCGCCGAGCUCGUCGCGGCGGUUGCGGGCGAGGGCGCGGCACUCGCCGUCUGCGAGGGGCGGCUCGCGGUGAGCGUGGCGGCGCUGGGGGCGCUCUGGCGCGGCGCGAGCGAGGCGUGGCGCGCAGAGCGCAGGCGCGGGCACGAGCGUCACGUCCGCUAG